AUGAUGCCACUAGCAUAUUAUGAUCAACACUUUGUGCCAUUAGAACACUCUUACCAACUGGCAACAACUAGCUCAUUAACACAUCAAUACACAGAUGAAAAACUAAGUCAACCCAAUAACCAAUCUGUGGUCAGAGUACAAUCCCAUAGUAAUAACCUUGCAGCACCUCCACUAAGCUCUAAACAGAAGGUGCAGAGAUGCUCUGUAUUGCCCUCUGCCAAGUCUCAGGACACAAUUUCACUGGAUUUCUAUAACAGGGUUCUGAAAUCACCAUUGUCUCAUUCCAGACGUCAGGCUACACCUCUACACCUCCACUGGAGAACUUCACUGUGGCCUAAUAAGACAGACCUGAGCUCACCUUUGUCCCACCCCAAACCUCAGAUAACAUCGUCAGUUGACCUCACCGAGACAUCAUCACUGGAGCCCUAUCAAACAGCCUGGAGCUCACAUUUACUGUUUCCCAAACCUCAGAAUACAUCUUCCCUAGACCUUUGCUGGACAUCACCUUCACUGAAGUAUAACCAAAGAGUGUCAAGUUCAUCAUUAUAUGCCCUCAAACAUCAAGAAACUCCUUCCUCAGACUACUUACAGACAUCAUCACCUUUGGAAUCUAGUAAAAGAGCUUUUAGCUCAGCAUUACCUCAGUCUAAGCCUCAGAAAGCAUCUUCUUUGGACAGCCUUUGGACAUUGUUAUUAGAACAUAAUCAAAGAACUUGUAGUUCACAAUCAGUCAACUCUACACCUCAAACAAAUGAUUUGCUUCAGACAUCACCUUCUUUGGAGCCCAGUCAAAUGACUCUGAGCUCACCAUUACCUGACUCCAGACCUCAGACAACAGCUGUAUGGAGCUCUAAUUCCAGUGUUCUGAGAUUACCGCUGUCUAACUCAAAACCAAGGAAAUCACCUUUACCGCAUUCUGUCCACCAGUCAAAGAGUUUGCCAGUGCUCCAGCCCAAAUCUCAGACAGUGCUUACACUUGAUCGUGACUUCAGAACCCUGAGAUCACCAGUUUAUCACUCCAAGUUUCAGAAUACCACUUCACUAAAUGACAAACACAAAGCCAUAGAUCUUUCUUCACCUCAACCCAAACCAAAUGUCUCAGGUCAAUCAUUUUUAAGCUCCAAACACUGCAUCAGGAACAUAGCUGCUGUAACACUGGGCUCCAGACUGCAGAGUCAAAGCAGUUUUGAUCUUUAUGAAAAGACAGAAUCAAGUAAAGAAAUUCCAUGGAUUUUCGAUUAUGUUUAUCCCUGCAUUGUUAAAGGUGGAACUGUCCCUGGUGAUGUUGUAAAUAAAAUUGUCAAUUCUCUCUCAAAGACCAGAAUCCAGAAGGAUCUCUGUAGGCAGAUUCUCUUUCGAAGGAUGAGGGGGAGGCCAAAUCCCCAUCCUGGUCCCCGCCUUUCAUCAAGUUAUAUGGUUUGUUUAGCUUGUGCUUCCUGCAUAAAAUCUCAGUGUAACCAUCUUACAGGAAGGAAAGAUCCUCGUGCUGCAACACUCUUUGUCAUACCAACACCUGAGCCCACUUCUGAGGGCAAAACAGAGGUGAAACUAGCUUUUAUCCUUUCCCUACCAGAGACUACUUUGUCGUCUUGUCUCCCACCCUCUGUGAAAGAAAAUCAGCCUGAUGAAGACCCUGAAGAAAACCUUGAAGAAGCGGAGAAGAUAUCACAACUUUCCCCUACAUCGGAACCUGAUCUUCUCCAGGCAGUUGAUAUGAAGAAAACAUGGCCACCAGGAGCCCCUGAAAAUCAAAUUGUAAGCCAACAGCCCCAGGCUGUUGACUGGCUGCUCUAUGUUAAGAAAAGUAGUAAUCCUCAGUCACAGUCCCUGCUGCCGUCCUCUUCCUCCUCCGCAUCUUCUUCAUCCUCCUCUUCUUCAUCUUCCUCUUCCUCUUCUUCCACCGUACCUGUACCCACUUCACCCCCUCCUUUGAAAGAGUCCACCACAUCUACCCUCUCAGGCUGUGUGUUCACUAAGGUACAUAGUUACCACAGGCUGCCUCCAGGGGUCUCCUGGCUUGAGUUUAUAUGUAGUAAAAAUCACCAGCCAAUUCUUGGAAAACCACAUCAAAGUCAAUCACCACCUUCUAAAACAAGGCCUGUGAGGAAUUGCACCACAGUAAAAAGGAGAAAGGGGCCAAAGAUACUGUUCAAAAUUUUCCAGACAAAGGUUCAGAAUGAGAGACAUCUUGAUUAAAUUUAACUUUUUUGUUUCUUUGAAAGCAAUUGACCUCUUAGUUCUUUAAC